GUCUAUUUCUUUCCUGACACACACACACACACACACACACUUUCUAUAAAGGUCUGUCUCUCCUCUAGUUGUUACUCUGCUUGUUUUCAUCAUCAAUGAAACACCCGUUUUCUCUUUUGCUGUUAAGUGUCACCAUGUCUGAUUUAGAAGUUCACGGAGGCCAUCAGGAGGAAGAAGAUGAGGAGCAGGGAGAGGGAGAAGAGCGCCCCAAAUACAAGCCGCUGGUCACACAGCUCGCUGCCCCUAAAAUCCCUGAGGGGGAGAGGGUUGACUUUGAUGUAUGUUCCUUCAAGGAUAUCCAUAGGAAGAGGAUGGAGAAAGACCUUCUGGAGCUGCAGACUCUAAUUGAUGUCCACUUUGAGCAGAGGAAGAAAGAGGAAGAGGAGCUGAUUGGACUCAAAGACAGGAUUGAGAGCCGCCGGGCAGAAAGAGCUGAGCAGCAGCGUGUGAGGGCUGAAAAAGAGCGUCACAGACAGACACGGAUUGCGGAGGAGAGACAGAGGAAAGAGGACGAAGAGGCGAAGAAGAGGGCCGAAGAUGAGGCAAAGAAGAAGAAAGUGCUUUCCAACAUGGGGGCUCACUUUGGAGGAUUCCUGGCCAAAGCAGAGCAGAGGCGAGGAAAAAAGCAAACUGCGAGGGAAAUCAAGAAGACAACUCUGGCAGAAAGACGCAAGCCGCUGGCUGUUGAGACCCUGAGAGAGGACGACCUGAGAGAGAGAGCCAAGGAGAUGUGGGAAUGUAUCUACCAGCUUGAGUCUGAGAAAUUUGACCUGACUGAGAAGACGAGGAGGCAGAAGUAUGAGAUCAACGUCCUCCUGAACAGAAUCCAAAAUGCUCAGAAAUUCAAAAAGGUCCAUGGUAAGGGGAAGGUCGGAGGACGCUGGAAGUGAACUCACACAGAAGGCACAAUGAAACAAGGGGGCAGUUUUCAUGUGGCAUUUUUAGUGAAAUACAUCAACUUGCAAUGAAAUCUGUAAUUAUUAUUAUUAUUAUUAUUAUUAUUAUUAUUAAAUGCAUGUAUACGUUAAAUGGACAUUUUUUUAAAUGGACAAUCUUUUAAAAAGACAUUUUCUAGCAUGUCAUUCAAAAUGGAAAUGAAAUCGAAUUAAUAUUCUUGAAAAUGUAAACAUGGAAAAGUUCACAGCUACUACAAACAAAAAGGAACUACUAUCUGGGGCCACUCAGUUGCUACUUAUUGGCUGGGUAACUUCCUUAUGAAUUAAAAAUAAAUGAUCUCUGUCUGCA